AAUUUUCGCUGCGAAACUUUACUUUUUUGCUUAAUUCAUACUCCACUAUUCUGCUUUUCUCAAGUGUGUUUUUUAAGUGGCAAAUAUAACCAGAAGACACCAUUGACGUUAGCAUAAUCAGUAUAGCGAAACUCAGAUAUUUAAUCAAAAACCGCAUUUAAUAUUGUAAGAAGAUCACGAAGAAGAGAAAGAAACUAGAGAAAAGUGGUCGUUUAAUAUUAAAUAUGUUAAGCGAAAUUCUUCAAUGAAUUGACGGAAAUGAAUGAGAUUUCAAAUUUGUAUAUCAUGUCUUAAAGAAAAAUAAAAAUACGGAAUGAUUACAAAACAGAAAUUAAAAUUUGCAGAAUUCGCUCUAAAGAAGCCCCGUACAGCUGUAAACGAAGAAAUAAAUUAAUCGUAGCAAAUAAGUAAAAAAUAAAUUGUAGUGUUCUUAAAGUUCUUAAAGCAGUUACAAAGUUAAAUUAAAAGACUUAGCACCAAUAUAGUAAAAAACAAUAUUGUCUUUGGCAAUCAUAAAUUUUGACUGAAAUCAUAAUACUCUCGAAAUAUAUAACGAUUUAUCUACUAUUAGCUGUGCUAGACGACUUCACUAAUUUUGGUUGCUCAUACCGAAAUUCAGACAUUUUGUUGAUUAUCGUAUAAAUGUACAGGAAUAACAGUUGUCGUAGCAGUCCUCAGACAUCGCUAGCAACGACGGCCGCUGAAGUUGGAUCAGUGACGACACCACAUGACCUACCAUAUAGCAGCAUAAAACACUCUACUAUUAAAUAUACAGAUGUGGACGCAAUAAGCUGUUCUUCUGAGUUUAGUAGUGAAUCUGAGGAAGCACCAACUUCGCGACCUUCAAACACAAGUAUAUCUACGACAUCAGCAAAUACAGCCACUACUCUUACCUUCUCAGUAGCGCAACGCGUUUUUGCACGGAAAGAGCGUUCUCAAUGUGGCGUUAAUUCCGAUGUUCGCCUUUUGAAUAAAAUCGGCUUCAUUGCUUCUCGCGUUCGAUUUCUCUCUAAAAUAUAUGGUGACUUCAGGUUAAUAAAUCCAUACAGUCCAGCUAAACAGCGCAAGCAAAUACGAGAAAUACAACUAAAACACUCUAUUAUAGAUACGUUUAAGGAAAUAAGUUCUACAGAAAAGUUAGAUACACAACAAAGCUUAACGCCACUAAGUUCAGCUGCAAGUAGUUACUGUUAUUUACCCACCGAAAGUUCUUACGAGGACGACACUAUUAUAACAGCAAGUAAAUUACCGUGCCAGCCGUCUACGACUGCAAAAUCUAUAUUGUUACUUGAGGAUUUACUCAUACAGUUUUAUGAAGAUCGUAAAAGUAAGAUUACCGUAAUAGGAAAUCGCCAUAGUCGACGUAACAGUAGCGUUGCAGUUGAUGCAAAUAUAAACAGCAAUCGAAAUCAUUUAAUCAUUAUGAGCAGCAAAACUGCAAGCAGUAGUGUAGAGCCUCUUGUAUCACUGGGCAAUGACAACGAAGAUGAUGAUAGCGGUAAUACUUACGGAGGAACCGAUUUGACUGAAAACAUUAAAUUCCAAACCAAAAACUCAAUUGUCAUAAAAGCUAAUACCACACUCCCUAGUCAACAACAACAGCAAAGAUACAAUACAUUUUUACAGCCCAGUAGUGGCGUUGAAGACAAUCUACGUCGACGACGUGCAAGUGACUGUUCCACACAUCCUGGUCAAGCGUUGAGCACUCAAUUGCAGAUAUCGCUCAAAAACAAUAAUUGCACCAAAUUUCCAUUUCAUCGUGGCAGCUGCGGCGCUGCAGGUGAACAUUUGCUAGCGGCAAAUUCAAUUGCGAAUCGCUCGACAAUCAUACUCAGUAAAUCUUGCAGCAAUGUCGAUGGCACCAACAAGGACGGUUUAAAUUCGGCAUUUUACAAAAGCAGCGAUUUCCAACAUAAGGGUUUCGACGUAAUUGAGAGUAGCAGUGUUGGUGGCGGUGGCGCUGGCGGUGGCGGUGGCGGUGGUACGCCUUCUGGCACCGGCACAGCUGCUACUGGUUCAGGCAUUACAGCAAAUAAUGGCAACAAUGAAUACAGCAUUAUACAACUAAACAAUACAAUAAUACGCUGUCACUUUAACGACGAUGAUUUUCGAGCGUUGGUGAAAGAUUUGAAACGCAAAGUAGAAUAUACUGAACGCAUGAACUGGCUAUGUCUUUCCAAACGUCCAUUGGCUCCACCGCACCGCAAAAGCAGUUUACCAAAGCACCAGGAAGUUAAGAAAUGCUUUCUGGAAAUAUGUGAUAACACAUUUUCCGACGAAGUUAAAGCAGCCCUUCGUUUGCCUGCGUUCGAUUCAUACCAAUGGAGUGAUGCAGAUGUUAUACGCUUGAUGCAAACAAUGUUCGUUGAAUUGGGAUUUAUGGAAAAGUUCAACAUUCCUAUAGAAACUUUACGAGAGUGGCUUUAUGAAGUGUACAAACAUUAUAAUGAGGUACCUUUCCACAAUUUUCGGCAUUGCUUCUGCGUUGCUCAAAUGAUGUACGCUAUCACACGAAAAGCCAAUCUACUUCAACGUCUCGGUGAUUUGGAAUGUCUCAUUCUUUUAGUAUCCUGCAUUUGCCAUGAUCUCGAUCAUCCUGGGUAUAAUAACAUAUAUCAAAUAAAUGCACGUACAGAAUUAGCACUCAGGUACAAUGACAUUUCGCCACUUGAGAAUCAUCACUGUUCAAUAGCGUUUCGUUUGUUAGAACACCCGGAAUGUAAUAUUUUUAAAAAUUUCGGCAGAGAAACAUUUAACCAAAUACGAGAAGGAAUUAUACGCUGCAUAUUGGCUACUGAUAUGGCGCGACAUAAUGAAAUUUUAACUCAAUUUAAGGAGAUAUCACCAGUUUUUGAUUACGGAAAUCGGGGACAUAUUAAUUUAUUAUGUAUGGUACUUAUUAAAGUUGCGGAUAUAUCCAACGAGGCACGACCAAUGGAUGUUGCUGAACCUUGGCUAGAUCGUUUAUUGCAAGAGUUUUUUGCACAAAGUGCUGCAGAAAAAUCUGAAGGCUUACCAGUGACGCCUUUCAUGGAUCCCGAUAAGGUCAGCAAACCUGGGUCACAAGUUCGUUUUAUUGGCUUAGUACUAUUGCCACUGUUUGAAGCAUUGGGUGAAUUAGUUCCCGAAUUGACUGAACUUAUAAUUAUACCAGUGCGUGUAGCGCUGGAUUAUUACAAACGCCUAAACGAUGCUCAAAAUAAGUCACGUAAAUCCGUUGCCGAAUGUAGUUCAGCUGCAGCAUCUGAAAAUAAUAGUGGUGCUUCGGAUAAUGUAACGCCUGUAGGUGUUGGUAGCAAUAGUGCCGCACAUGCUGCAGCUGGUGGUGGUCAUAACUCCGGUGGCAGUAUUUCACCACAAAUGCCACGGUCACAAUCGGGUAUUAGUGUGAAGUCCCGCCGGAGUAUUCCAUCACAAAAAUCCACUUCACGAACUUCAGUAGAUGAGCCACAGUGUAUUGCAGCCGAAUUACAUGACUUGCCAGAGGGCAGCGAAAGCGGUGAUUCGGAAACUGCAACCGAGGUGGAUGUAGCUGAAAAAACAUCGAAAUUUAAAGUGGACACCGAAGGAAGUAGCAACAGAUCAAAAUCAUCGCACUCAACGUCACGAAAGCCAUCACGUGAAAAACGUCCCUCAAUGAUUGGAGAAAUGUGCAGCAGUGGCAGUGGCCAACGCAUACGUAAUUCGUAUGGCAACAUUCAUGGAUAUCACACAAAUCGUUGUCACUUUGGUUCAAAUCGUGCUGUUAGUCUAGAUCAGUAUAGUACAAAUAACCGUCGUCUGUCAGAUGGCCUGCAACAAGUCAUUUCAGAUAGUAACGUUUUUUAUAAUCAUCAAAAUCGUGGCAGUAUUGAAACAACAGUGGGCGUAUGUCGACUAGUAGAAGAUCUAAAUAUGAAUGCCACAGGUAUUGUUAAUUCAAUGCAAACUGGACCUUUGCAGGUGAAUCCCAAUACAGUGCCAAAUAUUGAUUGUUCCAACUCUCAAAAUACGCUACCAAUGACCACCACUGCCGCAGCAAACUUCAACAAUAUAAACACAUCAUCCAAUGGAAAUAUUUCACCUACACAAGCACUACAAUUGAAACAGCAUUGCUGCGCGGCAGCUGCUGCAGCUGCCGCAUCAACAGCUAAUUCAAAUGGCAUAAGUUCCAUUAUUGGAAGUACCACUACAGCUACAACCAAAACUAGUUGGAAAACGCGUUUGAAGCAAUUUUCUGACUAUUUUGGUUUUUCAUUUGAUAAAAGUUCCAAACGCUUUGGCAGUACACGAAGUAGUCCAUGCUCGAUACGUAAUAACAACGCAAUAACUCAGGGUACAAUCAGUGGCACAAUCGAUCCACUAACCGGUAAGCCGAGUGUCUGUUGUACCAUUUCGAAUAAUUUGCAGUCGCCAGGCUUACGACAUAAGCACCCAACACAUCAAGAUAUAAUCAAUGCUGGUCGAUUGAGAGCCUACAGUCUCGAUGUGCCAUGCAGUCGAAGCAAUCCACGGUAUAGUAGCAGCAGUGGCGGUGGUGGUGACAGUAGUCGCAAAUCAUCCCGUCACGACGGCGCUUAUGCUGAUGACAACAACAGUAACAAUACUUUGCAUAGCAGUGGUGGUAUUGGUAGUGAAAUGCCAACAUGCCAACCUCCUCCCAUACGUAUUGGCAGUAUUGAUGCCAGUGACACAAUUCUUAUUACUACGGGUCUACCACGUGUAAUUACGCCUGCUAACCUAGGCGAAGCAGAACCAAGUCUUAGCAUUGAUUUGGGUAUGGUCAGUGCUUCUUCUUCCGAUCCGCCAAAAAUUUGACAACGGGGGAGCUCAGAAACAACUACGAAUUCGCUCUCAAAUAAUGGUGCAUUUGCUGCACUAUUGCAGCAACAGCAGGAACAACAAGGAACACUGCAGCAAUUGCAACACAGUUCAAGCUGCAACGUCUCAUCCAUAUCGAUGACACUUUGGUCAGCCAUUGGUCAGCGGUUGAGUGCGCUUGUAUGUCAUUGUUGCGAGCGAAAAUUACCAGAACCGGAAAAUGUGUGAACCACUCAAAACAAAAGUAAACUUUUCCAAUGCUGUUGAGAUUUGCUUCUGCAUGUUUGUUAGCGCAGUUUUACAAAAUUAUAACGUUAUAAUUAUAACUUUUAGUUUUUAUUUUAGUUCUGUCAAUGCAAAUGAUUUUAAGGUAAAAAUUUGUAAAACAGAAUAAUACUAAUUAUUUAUUUACUUAAUUUCACAAAGCACAUUAUUCAU